GCUAACCAAAACAAUCAAAAAGUGAAUUUUCAAGGAAGUUUCUUUGAAUUUCCUCACGUUUUCAUCAAAACUACUGUAAAAAUGAUGCGCUACGAGGGAAACGAGGAGUUGGCGGAUAAAUCCGCCUGUGCCGGUGUCCGAGCGGAUCUGAAAAUGUGUCUUUUGGCUAGUGAUUGCUGUAAAAAGGAGAAGAAAACUCCCCGGGAAUGUCUGAACCGGACGGAUGGAUCGGUGCCGGACGAAUGUUUUGUACUACGAAACACCUUUUUCGAGUGUAAACGUUCCAUUCUCGACAAUCGACAACGGUUUCGUGGAAGGAAAGGAUACUGAAACGGUCACCACAUUGCGAAACGGUUCAAGACGACUUUGGUGUUUAUUGAAAAUCGUGCAACCCCUCUAACUACGUUAGUGUGUGCCGCUCGGUUGUUGGUAGAAUAUAGCUUAAAAUAAGGAAAUA